AUGGACGCUGACGACCAGCUGCUCAGUCCUUCCGCGACGCUGCCGCACACACUCUUGGAUGCGCUCAACAACGUGGAUGACGACCUGAUGGAACCCCCACCUGGCUUGUGCGCUGAGCCAACCGGUUGCGACGUGGCCGGCUCAGACUCCUCGGGGCUUGCCGGAGAGUGGAGUUGGAAGACUUCUGCGAAAGAUUUCGUUCCCGGCACACUCGGAGAUGCUGGAGCAGCUCUGAGCUCCUCAGGAUCAACUUUUGGAGGGUCCCACUCUCAUUCAGGCUUGACUCGCUCUCCGGUGGUGGGGCCAAGCACGAACGCCAGUUCUGCAGGGUCACCUGCGUUGGGCCCAGCCGCCUGGAACGGGACCAGCAAGACCGGAUGGACGGGAAUGAAUCCGGAUGCUUUGACUCCCAUGGCUGUGGAGACGGAUGCGCUCGGAUCGCCUAUUGCUAUGGAAGGCUUGGACCCAGCAGAGGCUCUUGCGAUGGAGGGCAUGCAGGGCUUCCAGGAAGAGGAGGACAUGGCUGAGUUCUACGUCCAACAGCAGCUCUGGUGCAUGCAGCAGGUGAAGGAUCACCUGGAGGCUGAAUGGCAGAAGGAACGAAAAGCCAUGAUUGACCAGAUAGCUAGAUUCCGCGCUGUGCUUACUCGAUAUUCGAUUCCAUUGGAGGAGGUGAGUUCGGUGAUUGCGUAUCAGCCUGUGGAGCAGAUUGCCAUGCCCGCGUCAGUGCCUGCGUUCAUGCUCUCCUCUGCAGCCUGGCUCCUGGAUGUGGAGGCAAACACUUUCAACAGCUACCUCCAGGAGCAGGUGUGCCAGGCUUGCAAGGACUUGGACCCGGAGGACAAGGCCAUCCUGGAAGGUGUAGCUGCAGUGGAGCACGCACAUCUCCACGAUGUCGUUCUGUACCAUGCCCUCCCUUUCGAUGUCUACACUCUGGCCUGGAUAUGGCAUGGCAUUUCAAACGAGGAUAUGCUGACAUGGAAGCCGCUGGACAGAGUCCAAACUCCCUACCCGGCUGCAGCGAUGCGGCUGGCACUUCGAGUCUUCCACAAAGGCCAGCAGUUUCCGCUGUUCAAGGUCGAUGCCGCCAGAGAAAGUCAGGCGAAAGCCUUGACCGACGAGGAGCUCAUCAAGAAUGGCGUCAGUAACGCCACCUCCUUCAUGAGUUACUUGACAAAGCUGGGGAUCCUUGCCCAAGAUGGACAAGACGGCAGCAAACCGGAUCACGUCCCCGGAGUCAGCGAAAGACUUCUGGCGCUUAAUCUCAAUGCCUUCGGCUCUUGGCAGGUUGGUCCCAAGGAGAGCAGCUGGGAUCAGUUCCGCAUGAAUGGCAUCUCCUUUGCUUCGGCAGCGGGCCUUGGCGGGCAGCUCCCUUUCUUGAAGGACAUUUUUGCUGAGCGGAAGUUGUCCGCAGAUGUCCAGGAGCUCGUGCAGAAACAGCUUCAGCUCCUCGUCUGUGUGGUCAAGAACCGGACUAUCGAGCCUGGUACAGUGACUGGAUGUGACUCCCUCGUGGCAGACAUGAAGACUUUGAUCAGCUGCCCGACAGCCACAGACCUCACAGAGCUGACGUCCACAGCGCUCCCUCGUUCAGUUCCGGCAUGCAAGAAGGUCAUCACGACUGUGCCCGGCGCUCCAAGCACAAAGUGUGGCACAGACGUUUUGCUGCAGUUGGUCAUGACUCCGGAUUUGGCCAACGAUCUGGCAUACCUUAGCUCGGAAGGGGGCGCUCCAGACUCAGCGCGGGAUGAAGGAGAGAGCUUCGUUCGUGGCUACAACGGAUUGAAGAACACCCCGAGUGGCGACAACGUUCAGGUUCGGUCCUUGCUCAGGAGAGACCCGUUCGCUUCGGGGAGUGGUCUUCAAUUUGCUGCACACUCGUCCGUCUUUCGCGACGAAAAGAUGAUGUCCGCCGUGGCAGGUAUUGCGUCGGAUAUCCGCGACACAGUUCUCGGGCAUGGUGACGCAUGUUGGACCACAACAAGCACGGCAACCUCGACAACAACCACAACCACCGGCGAGGUGCGGCCUCCCUUCUUUCGAGGAGAUGCUCAUCCCUUGAGGACUGCCAAGUGUGCAGAAAUUGGCUGA